AUGACAAUCGGGUUGCAUCAGUGGCGAGAGUGCUCCCCCUUCGCCGAACCAAAGGAAGUGACUCUUGAAAGAAGAUUCGUUCCUCAGGAGAUCUAUGGUGCAAACAUCGACGAGAAAAUUGUCCAAGUCCCCGUCCACAAAUGGGUGUUUCUCGCCUGCGAGAAUGCAUCAAGGUGUUGGUCCCACAAUCUACCAGCGCAUACGGAUUGCCUCGUCAUCGCGGUUAAUGGUGCCUGUCAACGCAAUGCUGCAGGCAAGGUAGAAACUCCAUUGGGGUGUAUGUUGGCAAGAAUAGCCCAUACAACGUCGGGCAUAAACAUAGACGUUGAGGAUGCUGGCCGGGCGGGCGGCCAUGUUGCCGAAUUGCAUGCUGCUCUCUAUGGUCUUCAGCAAGCUGCGGCUACUGCUUGGGAGCGGGAAAUGUCAGAAGAGAGAGACAGCGGCAGACCAUCAAUGAUCGCGAUCAAGUCGGAUUCUCCCUAUCUCAUUCUAGCAUGGGAGAAGAACGGGUAUCGCACGACCAAGGGGACUCCCGUUGUGCACACGGAACUGUGUGAAAAGCUGGAGGCCGCUUACUGGAGCCUGUGCGGUGCCCAUGAAAGUCGACGUGUCUACAUCUAUUUCUAG